AAAUUAUCGAUUCAUUCGCAAAUCCCCAUCCUAGCGAACGCGAUGAGCGACCCGUUCUACCUGGCCGACAUCUUGUUGGGGCGCGUGGGCGUUCUCCGCUCCACAGCCGAGAGUAUUAUUCUGGAGCUAUGCGAGGCGCAGACCAAGCUGGAGCCUGGCCAGGCAUCGGACGACGCACUGCGCCUGGCCAUUAAGAACAAACUGGAGCGCGUACAAACCAACCUCAAAUUGCUACGCAAGCUCGUGCCAGAGUUCGACGGCAAGACGAAGCCUAUUGAAGGCGUGAGCCAGACGCACCGCAACCUCAUGCUCGAGUACCACUGGAAGAACCAGGUUCAGGACAUGGGCGCUAAGGCACAGGCUGUGUAUUUGGAGCAGCUGAGCGCCACCUUCCCGCGCCUCGAGAUGCUGGGCGACGUGCGCUGCCCACCCACCCCCAGCAGCCUCUUCGUGCCCAAGUCGCACAAACGCGGUCGGGUUUUCGACCCCUUCGGAGAGAAGCAGCCUGCCACACUCAACGAGAUGAUGGAUUACAUGAUGGCCAAGAACCGCAAACUCAAGUUUUUCAAGCACGCAGAGACUACACGUGGUGGCCGUCGAGUCAUCAAGUCCAUCAAGUGCGAGAUCAACAAGGAGGUGACAGUGCAUCUGAGCUUCUGUCCGCCCAUUCCCGAGAAUGGACCCAACGGCGAGUCUGGCGUGGCUGCCAGCCCCAUGACUCCAUCUACACCAACAUCCCCGGCCUUCGCCGGUGGCCGCCUGCGUAGUACUCGUAACAAACACAAGAAGCAGCAACAGCAGCUCGUGAAGAAGAAAAAAGGCGACAUGCUAACGAAAGCCAAACUCGCCGCCGAGGAGGCCACCAAGAUGGAGAUGGAGGAACUCAAGCAGCGCAUCACAGAGGCGCGCGAGGCAAUUAAAGAGCAGGAGCAGGCUCGAGCUGCUGGUUUGCAGGUUACCAAGUACAUCCAGCGACUGUCUAUCUUCCCGUACAACGAGGAUGCUCCGCUCGGUGCGUGGUCGGAGUCGUCGCACAACCUUUUCCGGCUUGUCACGCUGCACGGCCGAAAGGCAUUGGACCAUUUUCGUAAGCAACACCCGGAGACGUGUUUCUACCAUCUCUUCACGUGGCUGGGCUACUAUGACAAGAUUUACCAGACUCCAUGCUCGUUCUGUAAGAAGCUGCUUGCCAAGGAGAGUGAGGAGUGGGCCUAUGUGCCUCCGUCUUUCCGCGACUACGCAAACGGACAAGCUUUCCACUCCAAGUGUCUACCCAUUGAGUAGAGGAGCCAGGCAAGCUAGUAGCGACCAAGUUGCUUUGAUAAGUCCACCAACAUGGAAGGACCAACCACUUCAUUUAACUUUGUUGUCUUCUAGGCAGCUACUCGAGCCUGAUCGGGAGCAAGCGACCGAAAGCUGGAGGCUUCUCUAGGCCCGAUUGCGCCCGCAGUUUGAUUUUGCUCGCUGCCAAAUCGCGUGGAGUAACAGUGGUUGCCGAGAGCGGCGGCUGGCUGCUGGUGAGUUGGUCCUUAUUGACCAGCCCCAUUGCGUCGUAAGCUUCAACGACAAAAGCUGUAUCACAGAGUAAAAACCAUAAAUCGUAGUCAGCACAUGUAAAACACUAUAUACUCGUAGAUUUAGUACCCACCUGCACAUGGGAACGAAGGAGCUGCAUCAGAGCUUGGCUUGCGCAUUUCUUCCGGGUUAAUCAGAGCCGAGACCGUGUGACGCAACGAGAUUCGACUUGUGCGCCCUGCAUUGUCGGCAAUGAAGGCACUAGCAGCUUCUUGAAUUUCCUUGGAUCGCUGCAAUGCUGCGUCGUCAGUAAUAAAAUAGCAUCCACUGCACA